AUGGACCGCCUGUCAUCAGUCGAUCGAUUUGUCCAACGAUCAGCCAUCCUUCCUACUGCUUUCUCUCUACUGCCGCUCUAUCACUAUUGCUCAGUUUGCCUUCUAGGCUGCCUCUUCCUUGAUUUGUCUGGCCAGCGGCAGCAGAAGCAGAAGCAGAAGCAGAAGCAGCAUGAGGAGAUGCUGCUGCUGCUUGCUGCUGGCUGCUGCAAGAAUUGCUGCUGCGGCGGCGGCCGCCAGAUGGGAUUUUUUCCCCUUACUGUUCCAGAGUUUCCUGAAACCGGAGAGCAGAAGGCGCUGUGA